UCUGAACUGGUCACAGCGGAUCAACGCAAGAGCGCCGCUAGUCAUUAGAUGUUCCACAAUCCGUGGACCUGUGCGCUUUCAUCUCGUGUUUUUCUCAUUUUGUGAAUUCAAUUUUUUUCUUCUUCUCCUGUAAAAAAAACCAACGACCGCAUUACGGAUCCUACACUGCGUUUUAUGAGCGCGCGUGUUUUGGAGAACACCAGCACGGGGAGGGGACGCCUUUUACGCAUCGCGCACAUUUUGAGCGUCGAUAGAGAAAGUGCACAGACUUGUUCGGAGCACCUGCGCUGUGCGUUGGGGACAUGAGGUACGGACUGGUGGUCGUCUCUGCCGGGUUCACGGGUUUGCUCAGCUUCAGCCUCCUCGCAGUGGCCAUUGGAACCGAUUACUGGUACGUAAUCGAUGUGAAUGAACACAACGGCACAGGUUCAGACGACCUGAGCUCGCAUUCUGGACUGUGGAGAAUGAAUGAAGGAUCAAACAUGAGCUCAUUCAUCCCUUUUUUCACGGCAAAUAUGUCCAGCCUGUCAGAGGUGGAAAGGCAUCUUCUUGGCCUGCACAAGGUGGUGGUCAUCCUGUUGCCCCUCAGUCUGGUCCUGCUGGUGUUUGGCUGGAUCUUUGCUCUCGUCAGCUCGUUGGCCUGCAGUCCCAACCUGCUGGCUACAUCAGCAUCCUAUGUUCUCCUCUGCAGUCUUGUCACCCUCUCGGGGGUCAGCGUCUACAUCAGAUACUCAAACGUAGCCAUGGAGGACUUCCAGCGGGUCGUGUCCCCGGAGAAGCAGGCCCACGUGGAAGCGUCCUUCGGCUGGUCCUUCGCCGCGGCCUGGCUCUCCUUCAGCCUGGAGGUGACCACCGGCCUGCUGCUGAUGCUGGCUGCCAGGAUCACUCAGCUGAAGGGACGCUGCGACUCCGGGGUGGCCAUCGCCGUGCUGUAGAUCGCGCGAAUCCAAACGCUCUCGAGUCGGGCAGCCGAGUCGCUGCUGUUGGUGUUUGUUUAUUUAUUUGAUUUUAAGGCGUUAACACGAUAAGGACCACGGUAGAAAAUAGCAGAUGGGAGCUGAAUUUACCGAGAUGCAACCUUUGAUACACAAAUGUAGAGGCUGCCUUUCAUCCUCCCGGUGUAAUUUUCUGUUCACAUUUAUAUUAUAAAAAUC